AUGUCUUCUCGGACGACAGGCCGUGAGAAACGCCACAGUUCCUCCUCUGCGCACGCCGCACAGAGGUCGAAGGACUGCGUGCCUGAUUUCGAGGCAAAGUGCGGAAACAACCAACCUUGUCGUUUUGACGAUACCCAAAAUGUCUUUGAUGAAUGGCCGGAUUUGAAGUUCGAACCUCGACCUGAACCAAGUAUUCAGGACAAAAAGGCCCAUAAGAAAUGGGAAAGGGAAUAUGAGGAUUGGGGGCCUCGUCGAUGUAAUAAUGGAGUGGGAUAUUUUUGCAGGCAGCAUGGCCGCUGGGUUGCCUGUAAGGAGGUAGAGACGCGGAAAGCGCCUGCUCGAAAGGAUCAAAGGCCUGGACAGUGCCCUAAGCGGCAUGAGACAGAUGUGAUAGCGAGACAACAAUCUCUCGCAUCGACAACCUCGCCUCAUACAGCAACCAGUUCGACCUCUGGCACCCAAGGGAGCAAUCAAAACACACCGUGGACAUCGAACUAUGCUGCCCCGAGCUAUACAUCAAACUAUCAGCCUGAACAACAACCUUCGGCUUUCUCUUACUCAGCAUCCCAAUAUUCAGCAUACGCACAGCAAGACCCCACAGGAGCGAGCGCCGGGACCGCUUCGUAUACUGCUCAAUCUGCAGGAUGGUAUCAGGACUUGUCGACAGACUUUCCCUCACUAGAAAUUUCGAGUAAUCCAGCAUAUGUUCAACCCCAGUUCGCGCAAGUGGCAGCGUACUACGAUGAGCCACAGGCCCCUCUUCCGGCCUCUUCAUCAAAGUCCUCCGUCCCUGAGAGCAAAAGCCAUGAUAGCGCCAAGUCCAAAACCUCGACACGACAACAUGGUUCUGGAAAAGGUAGGUCUGCACAACACGAUAGCCCCGGGAGACACUCGUCAUCUAAGAGCGAGGUCAAGAGGGGAUCGGCCGAAAAGGGAGACGUUCGAAGCUCUGACUCACGAGGCCAAGGCGUGGACACUUCUGAUACUAGUUCUCACAGGACUCAUUCCAGGAAGGAAAAGGGCAAAGAAUCAUCAUCCGGCCACCAGCCAGGGCCUCCAGAAGCUUACUAUGCCACCACUGACCAUUACACCACGCCAGCUUAUCAAAUGGAUCCAGCAGGCUCAGUAUACACAGCCACAUGGAACGAUCCCUAUUCGCUUCACGGUGACCAGGAGGACCAUCUUGACCAAGAGGCGGACCCGAACUCGAAGCAAAAGGGUGAUAAAGAGAAGCGACGGCCAUAG